AUGAAUCACAAUGAGCUACUCCAGCAGAAGCUCGGUGAGCUCCAGAAGAUGUUCCCGCACUGUGUCUUCGUCUAUGCUGACUUCUGGAAGGCCUACAUGAAGGUGCUGUCAGGGUUGCACCGGUUCGGGUUCGUGGAACCUUUCAAGGCCUGCCGUGGUUCUGGUGGUGGCCACUUCAACUUCGAUCUCAAGAACCUCUGUGGGUCCCCUCACUCCUCCAUCUGCGCUAAGGCUGCCGAACACAUAGUCUGGGAUGGGAUCCACUUUAGUGCUGCCAUGUACAAGGUCAUUGCCAAACUCUUCAUCCAAGGUGGCUUUACCCACCCUUCCUUUGCAACGCUCCUCAAAUUCAAGAAGGGCCUCAUCCCUCAUAUAUAG